AUGGCCAAGGCAACACUUCCCGUGCCAGACAUCGCGGCCGAGGAUGCAGAUCAACUCCCGACGCUGCUUACGCCCCGCAAGCGCCAGCUUCUGCUCGACGCAAAGAUGGCGGCGGCUAAGACGGAGUCGACCUCUCACACCAAGCCCAAGCUUCAGGAGCGGCGUCCAGGCUUCAGGUCCGAGCCACUGACCCUUCAACCCGGCCUCAAGUUCUACUCUCCGCCGGUCGCAGAAAUUCCGGAUGUUCCUGAUCCGGAAAGCCGUCGGCAUCGCCUGGCCAAGAGUGGCAAGGAUGCUUGGCCUUCUGAGUCGACGGUCACGUCCAUUUCACAGUCGGGAACUCGAGACAGCUGA